CUAUAGACAUCACCACACACAACGCACACACACGAGGGAAAAUCGCAUCUCUCUUUGUUAUUGCCUUUGGACAUGAACGACACUCAAUCUCUUGCUUCAUUCCCAAACCUCGUUCUUUUGUAGAAAGUGAAAGCACCGUUCCUUUUUAUAUGACCGAUUCUGAGAAGAAGAAAAAAAGAAAAGGUGAAAGCUUUUCUUAGCUUCAACAAAAUGCGAUCCCCUUCUUAAGGAGACUUACUUGACCAAGAGGUUUAGACCCAGAGAAUAAAGAAAUCCCUUAGGAGUUUUGUGAAUUUUGGUAUUGGGUGCAUAAAGAUGGGGGAUCACUUUAGUUUGUUGGUUGAUCGAUUGAUAACUGAAUCCACAUUAGAAGCUGCACUUGAAAGCAGAAAUCGAUCAAUGCAGGCUGCAUCCUCAGCAGUGAAUGAUACAGAGGUUGACCUCUCUUCGAUGAAGAUGGGUCUCGAUCAUAUAAAAUAUCCGGGGAAACUGGUAGAAUGCAGGAUAUGUCAUGAUGAGGAUGAAGAUUCCAAUAUGGAAACACCCUGCUCCUGUUGUGGUAGUUUGAAGUACGCCCACCGAAGAUGUAUACAACGGUGGUGUAAUGAGAAGGGUGACACCACCUGUGAGAUAUGCCACCAGCAAUUCAAGCCUGGUUAUACAGCUCCUCCUCCACUAUUUCAAUUUGGACGUAUUCCAAUGAGUUUCAGGGGAAAUUGGGAGAUUUCAAGAAGAGACUUGAAUAGCACUCAUUUGGUUAGCAUGGUUUCGACCGACCAGAACCUUAUCAAUUCUAACUAUGAUCAAUAUUCAGCCUCUACUCCAGGAAGUUUGAUAUGCUGUCGUUUGGUUGCUGUCAUUUUCAUGGUUCUGCUGAUUUUAAGACAUACUCUUCCCCUUGUAAUUAGUGGAAAUAAGGAUUACUCUUUCCCACUCUUCUUGGUGUUAUUAUUUCGGUCUGCGGGAAUUGUUCUUCCUAUAUACUUCAUGGUUAGAGCAGUGACGUUCAUCCAGCGGCAUCGGAGACAUCUUCGGGAGCAUCCCAAUGCCUUGGUCAGUUUAUCUGACGAUGAAAACGAGGAAGCAGCUUUGCAGCCUCAUAUGAUACGUGUUCUGUAAAACUAUCGAAGCCACUUGAAGUAAAUGAAGUGUGAAAAGCUCUUGGUUUGAGAUGCUGCAAUUUGUCUUGUGAUUUAUGAUGCAAAUUAGAUGAAGAAAACUUUGAGAACCUUGAAUUUGCUGAGGAAUGAGGAUAAAACUGGUCAGAAGACACUGAAAUUCUGGUGUGCGACAGGUGUCAUACCUCAUGGGGCAUUGUGCGCCACUUAUAUUACCAAGAUCCUGUAAUAGCUACUCCCUGGAAAGUCUUGGCACAAGCAAGUUGUACAUUUGCAUUACUAUUUCUGCCUACAGAUUGGAAUUCUUCAUAUUCAGUACAAUAUCUUCGGCGUGCAGAUAGAAAUUUAUCAUUAUAAAUAGAGAAAAUUACAUGGGUAGAUAUCAAACUUGUAUAUAUUGCAAUGAAAAAUAGGCACGUUUGUGGCAUUUAUUUCGCUACAGGAUGCUGCUAGCUUCGUUUACUUUCUUUUGGGUUUCAUGUUAUUUGUAUCACCAGCUCAUUAAUUAAUGAA